ACACAUACAUACAUACAUACAUACAUACAUACAUACAUACAUACAUACAUACAUACAUACAUACAUACAUACAUACAUACAUACAUACAUACAUACAUACAUACAUACAUACAUACGUACAUACAUACAUACAUACAUACAUACAUACAUACAUACAUACAUACAUACAUACAUACAUACAUACAUACAUACAUACAUACAUACAUACAUACAUACAUACAUACAUACAUACAUACAUACAUACAUACAUACAUACAUAUAUACGGACAUACAUACGGACAUACAUACGGACAUACAUGCGUACGCAUAAAACGACACACACACAUACACAUACACACCUAUAUACACACGAGUCACACCAACCCCCAUUUCGUACCCCCCAACUUCACACCACCCUCCUCCUCCUCCCACACCACCACCCAGACCCCACCGCCAGACACCCACCGAGUAGGCUGA